UAUUAAUUAAUUAAAUAAAUACCCAUUAAUUAUGUCCAAUACUAUAAAUAAUAAUCGAUUCACCAAGUUAUGUGUGGUUUGCGGCGAUAACGCUAUGGGUGUUAAUUUUGACGCCUUGACCUGCGCCUCAUGUAAAGCCUUUUUUAGACGAAACGCGUCUAAAAAUAAGGUAUUUAAAUGUCAUUUCAAUAAUGACUGCAAAAUCGAUGUCAAGUGUCGGAAAUUUUGUAUUAAAUGCCGAUUAGACAAGUGCUAUGCAAUGGGUAUGAAAAAGGAAUACAUACUUAAUGAGGAGGAAAGGCAUAAGAGGUAUGAGAAGCUGAUCGGUGUUUCGCGUAAAAGGCGUCAAAAUAGCGAUGAAAACUGUGGCACCGGUAGUAGCGAUGAGAGUGUGGGCUAUCAUACAGACACAAACACGACUGUCCCUAAAUUGAGUGAUAUAUAUGACUCGGACCUGACAUCCCAUACCAAACACACCACUCAUGACAACAAUGGUUACCACAAAGUCAUCGCACACUCAGAGAUCAUAGACUUCUCGGACCUCAUGCUUGACAUCCAUAUACCUGAGGGACAGUUAGAUCCAGUCAUACCUAUCCAUCGGCCGCUCAUGGACUAUAGAAACCAAUUCAAUGAGUUAGAGGGCAGUAAACUACGGGAACUCCUAAACGCCGUCAAUAUAUACACGAAAACAAUAGUUCCCGUGUCGGGCCUG